GGAUCCAACUUCCCUGACCAUAUCUUCCCUGCCAUGGUGGGUCGACCAGUCAUACGAUCAAGUAUCAAAGUGGGCAACAUCGAGAUAAAGGACCUGAUGGUGGGGGACGAGGCCAGUGAAUGUCGCUCCUUGCUGGAGGUGUCGUACCCCAUGGAGAACGGCAUGGUGCGCUGUUGGGAUGACAUGCUCCACCUGUGGGAUUACACCUUUGGCCCAGAGCGCCUGAACAUCAACCCUUCAGAAUGCAAGAUCCUGCUGACUGAGCCGCCCAUGAACCCCACCAAGAAUCGUGAGAAGAUCGCAGAGGUCAUGUUUGAGAAGUACCAGUUCCACGGCAUCUACGUGGCAAUUCAGGCUGUUCUGACUCUGUACGCUCAGGGUUUGCUGACCGGUGUAGUUGUCGAUUCGGGGGAUGGUGUCACCCACAUCUGUCCGGUGUACGAAGGCUUUUCUUUACCCCACCUCACACGCAGGCUGGACAUUGCCGGACGUGACAUCACACGGUACCUCAUCAAGCUCCUGCUCCUCCGCGGUUACGCCUUUAACCACUCGGCUGACUUCGAGACAGUGCAGAUGCUGAAGGAGAAACUCUGCUAUGUGGGAUACAACAUCGAGCAGGAGCAGCGACUGGCCACAGAGACCACCUAUCUGGUGGAGUCCUAUAUUCUCCCUGAUGGCCGGCAGGUGAAGGUGGGCGGAGAGAGGUUUGGGGCUCCUGAAGCCCUCUUCCAGCCUCACCUCAUCAACAUUGAGGGAGCGGGAGUAGCUGAGCUGCUGUUUAACACCAUCCAGGCUGCGGACAUUGACCUCAGGUCAGACUUCUAUAAACACAUUGUUCUAUCAGGAGGGAGCACCAUGUACCCCGGCCUCCCAUCCAGAUUAGAAAGAGAGAUCAAGCAGCUCUACCUGGAGAGGGUGCUGGACGGAGACACUCAGAAAUUAUCUAAGUUUAAGAUUCGUAUCGAGGAUCCUCCCCGACGUAAACACAUGGUCUUCCUUGGUGGCGCUGUGCUCGCCAACAUCAUGAAAGACAAGGACUCCUUCUGGCUGAGCAGGGCGGAGUACGAGGAGAAAGGUCUGGGAGUGCUGCAAAAACUUGGAGGUGGAGUCAGAUAAAAGCAAAACUUAUAAAGAGAAA